GAGAGGGAUUUGAAAAAAAACCCAAAAAUUGGAAAGAAAGAGGGAGAGGGGAGGGCGCUGCCGGCUUUUCUCUCCGUAGGAGCCAUGAGGAUGCCCUCGCUGCCGGCUCCGGAGGAGCGGGAGGUCGAGCGUGGCUGGAUGGAUCCCAGAGGCACCGGUGUUACCGUCCUGCCGCGAAAUGGGGAGCGGGACAAAGGGAAGGGGCCGCGAAGGGGGGAUCAGCCCAGGCGAGCCUCCGGCAUCGCCGCAUCCCAGCCAGAUCCAGGCGAGCUCCCACCACGGCACCACGCCAAGGAAAACACCGGCAACCCGAUCCCUUCCCCGCCGCGGCGGGGGCCCGGUGUUUAUCCUGGAGGCGAAGCCGGCCGAGCCGGGGGCCCCGAGCCGAGGCGACGGCCGAUCCCCUCAUCCUCCCGCUCUCCCCGCGGCCGCAUGGCGCUGGUGCUGGGAGCCGUGCUGCUGGCGGCGGGCGCCGCGGUCCCGCCGGGGCUGCCGGCUCCCCGCGACCUGGCUCGGUCGGUGCUGGAGACCCACGGGCAGGAGCUGCGGCUGCUCAAGCUGCUGGGAGUCGCCAGGACGACGUUCGACUGGGGCACCCAUUUCAGCAUCAACUUCACCGCCCGCCAGCCCGCCUGCCCCAAAACCCUCGCCGACCGCCGCGGCGCCGGCUGCCAAACCCGGCCGGGCAGGGUACAGCGGUGCACGGCCCAGGUCUCCGUCUUCGCCUUCCUGCCCGACGUGCCGCUGUCGAUGGUGGAGUGUGGCCGGGAGUCGCCCAGCAGCAGCACCCAGCCCCGCUCCCCUGGCACCCUGCGAGCCUUCGGCACCAGCCCGGGUCGCCCAUCAUCAUCCUCGCAGCCACCCCCACGACCUCGGCCGCCUGCCGCCGCGUCCCUCCCGGGGACACCCCGUGGCCCCCUGACCCCUGCGGGGCUGGAAUAAAGAUCUUUUGGGGUCGUA